UUGGAAGAAAAGCUCGUCGAGACGAGGGACGAAAACAAAUUGCUCAGACGAGACUUGGUGGAGCGCGACGGAGAAAACUCAGAGUUACAUCGCGCGGUUGCCGAGCGCGAUGGUGCGCAGCGGUUCCUCAAAACGCAACUCGCGGACUGGAAUCAGCGUUUGUACGCUCGCGCCGAAGGAAGCGACUCCCAACUCGCCGGUACGACGACGAGCGCGAGCGAAGGUUCGGCGACUGAACUGCGAACGAGGUUGGAUCAAGUCGAGAUCGAACUCGGUGCGAAGACUGGCGCGGUUAUCGCGUUGGAGCGUCGCGUGAAAGAUCAAGACAAGGCACUCGAACGCGCGCGUGCGGAGAUCGAAAAGAUGCGCGAGAAGCUCUUCGCGCGCGAGACGACGGAUGUCCGCGCCACGGCACCGAAGCAGCGAUCCAAGUACGUCGAGGACGCCGAGAAUACCGCGGCGCAGGUUAUGGAGACGCUUCGCGCGACGCGCGACAGACAUGCAGAGAAGCGUAGUCGCGACGCUCGCGCGGCACGACGCGUCGGUGGCCCCAAGAGCGCGCAGAGCCGACCGGCGACGAAGAAACGCGAGCGAGCGCCGCCGUCAUCCGUGGUCAUUGACGCGAACGCCCCGUACCAACCGCCGCGAGCGAAUGACGACGAGGACGAGGACGACGAUGGCGAUGAUGACAGCGAGUACGAAGAAAUUGACGUGCCGAUCAAGCGCACGACGAAGAAGGGAAUGUCGAAGAAGAAGUCAAUCGCGCCCGCCGCCGCCAAGGAAAAUGCCGCGACGGACGCCGCGCCGGCGAACGACGGUCCGCGCAUGCCUCUCGGCAUGCUUCAGAUGCCCAAACUAGGCGCAAAGAAAGACAAGGGCGCGGUCGACGAUGUCGCGCAGAAGAAGCGCCGAUUGAAUCGUCAAUCGGCGAUUCCCGAAGCGUUGCCGUCUUUAAUGUUCGGCGUCGCCGACGGCGAUUUUCAAGUCGCCCCGGCAAAGUGA